CUCACAUGCCUGGGGCAUUGAUCACCUCUCUAGGAAGUCUGAUCCAGGGUUUGACUGCACUCUUGGGCAGAAGUCAUUUGGGCAGAAGACAAAUAAGCACAGCUACGGAAUCUGAGCAGCUGGUCCAUAGGCAAUGUGUGGAGGCCAGCAGGCUGUACAGCGCAGGUGCAGAAGGAGUGUACAGGUUGGAAAGGUUUCAGUGGCUGCCCAGUUGAUCCGUUCACUCUGUUGUCUGGGAAUAAAGACGUGUUACAGAUCAUGGCUCCCUGGCCUGAGGUAGAAAAGCCUGAAACCAAUAACUAUAUUGGGGACUCUUCCAAACAAAACCAGAACAUGGCUGGGAAAGAAGGAGAAAAUCACAAAGCAGGCAAUGUGGCUUCACUUGGAAAUAAAGGGGAAAUUCAACCUGCAUUUUCCACAAUAGCCUUGAUAGAUGAGACAAGGCCAGAGCAAGGCGACCCAUGGGCUCUGCCGGAACUGCAGGACACUGGGGUCAAGUGGUCAGAAUUAGAUAGAAAAGGAAAAAUCAUUCGUGUACUCUACGGGAUAGGGAAGUUCAUUAUGCUGCUUGGAUUGCUCUACAUGUUUGUGUGUUCCCUGGAUGUUCUGAGCUCUGCUUUCCAACUGGUAGGAGGUAAAGCAGCAGGGGACAUAUUUAAAGAUGAUUCAGUGCUGUCUAAUCCUGUCGCGGGAUUGGUGAUUGGAGUUCUGGUGACUGUUAUGGUCCAGAGCUCCAGUACUUCCUCAUCCAUCAUAGUCAGCAUGGUGUCCUCCACAUUGCUAACUGUUCAAUCAGCUAUUCCGAUCAUCAUGGGAGCAAACAUUGGCACCUCAGUUACAAACACGAUUGUGGCACUCAUGCAAGCUGGAGACAGGAAUGAAUUUAGAAGGGCCUUUGCUGGGGCAACAAUCCAUGAUUUCUUUAACUGGCUUGCUGUGUUUGCACUGUUGCCCAUUGAAGUUAUUUCUGGCUAUCUUUACCAUCUCACCAAUGCUAUAGUUGAGUCCUUUCAUCUUGAAAGUGGUGAAGAUGCCCCUCAGCUACUAAAAGUUAUCACAGACCCCUUUACAAAGCUCAUCAUUGAGCUUGAUAAAUCAGUAAUAAAUGCAAUUGCUACUAAUGAUGAAUCAGCAAAAAACAAAAGCCUGGUCAAGGUCUGGUGUGUAACUGAAACCAAUGUGACACUGCAGAAUGUCACAGUUCCAUUUCCAGAAAACUGCACAUCUCCUGACUUUUGCUGGACUGAUGGAAACAUGACAUGGACUCUCAAGAAUGUAACUGAAACAGACUAUAUCACUAAAUGCCAGCAUCUCUUUGUAAACUCAGACCUGCCUGAUCUUGCCAUCGGUCUUAUCCUUCUGGCUUUGUCCCUGUUUGUUCUGUGCUCCUGUUUGAUAAUGAUCGUUAAGCUAUUAAACUCUGUGCUUAAAGGACAAGUGGCGAGUGUUAUCAAGAAGACAAUCAACACUGAUUUCCCAUUUCCUUUUACUUGGUUAGCUGGAUACCUGGCUAUGCUUGCAGGGGCUGGUAUGACCUUCGUUGUCCAAAGUAGUUCUGUUUUCACAUCUGCUAUUACACCCCUUGUUGGCAUUGGCGUUAUAAGCAUUGAGCGCUCUUAUCCCCUUACCUUAGGAGCUAACAUUGGCACAACCACGACAGCUAUACUUGCGGCUUUAGCAAGUCCAGGGAGUACAUUAAAAUAUUCACUGCAGAUUGCCUUGUGCCACUUUUUCUUCAAUGUCUCUGGGAUUAUUCUGUUUUACCCAAUACCUUAUACCCGGCUGCCAAUACGCAUGGCCAAGACCUUGGGAAACACAACAGCCCAGUACAGAUGGUUUGCUAUAUUUUAUCUUCUAGUCUGCUUCUUUCUUUUGCCUUUGUUUGUAUUUGGUCUGUCACUGGCAGGGUGGCCAGUCCUUUUGGGUGUUUGCCUUCCCCUAUUCCUUUUUUUUAUUGCUGUGGUUGUAAUUAAUGUUAUGCAGAAAAGGCGACCACAUUCGCUGCCUGAAAAGCUCCAAAACUGGGAUUUCCUACCCAUCUGGCUGCACUCCUUAGAGCCCUGGGACAACAUAAUUAUGGCUUCAAUUGCCUUUUGUGGGAAACACUGCUGUGGCUUCUGCAAGUGUUGCAAAGUCAAUGCUGAACAGGAAGGUGCCAAAGACAAGCAACUAAAAACUACAGAGGUUUAUGAAAACACCAUGGCAAUGGCUGAUGAAGAAAGAGGUGGAAGAAGAGCACCAGCUGCAGCUUCUGUUGACAAAACAGUCACAAACAACACAGCCUUAUAGUAGCGGAUCAACCCAUAUUAGCAGAAAUACAGCAUAGGACAGUCAGGCUCUUCAAAACUACCUUGGACUAUGCACUGAGGACAGAGUGAACAUUUUGUUAGGUUUCUGAAACCGGUGAUACAUCACUCAUCAAGGAAUGGAGUCAAACAAGCUUGACAGAGUCCCUAGAAAAUCUGUGCUCGGUUGCAAAGCUAAUGACAGAUUUGCUCACAGAGGAUCUACUAUGAGGUACCUUCCUCCAAUGCUAUCAGUAGCAAACAAAAGAAAUCCUGCUGUAGUCCCAUGAAGAGAGAGAUGAAAGGAGUGGUAAUCAGUUCAAACUUAAAAAACAAACAAACAAUGCACUUGUAGAACAGCCUAUCUAAUCUACCGACUUAUUCAGCAGAAGUUACUUUAUAAUACCUAAAAAGCUCUGGAAAUUAAAAAAAAAAAAAAAA